CCACCUAAAGAGAACCCCUGGACCAAAAAGCCUCCAAAACAUCUGUCGCCUGUGGAAACUGGCCCAUCGCCGCUCUCCCUAGAGAGCCUGGAGGCAGAACUCAGUUCUCCCAAAAUUAUAGAUGUGGGAGAACACAUGACAAAGAAAUCCAACAAAGCGAGUGGUUUUGGUGAUAUGGAAAACUGGCCAACACCAAGUGAAGUAGUGAGCAGUAUGUCUAAGAGUGUCAUCACCCAAGGAAAUAAAAAGCUGCAAGGUAGAAAGGCAAAAGAGAGCAAAGGAACCCCAGAAGCAAAAUUAGAUAAUUCUGCUGAAAAUGUUGAGGACAGGGCUCAGUCAAGUAACCAGCGAAGAAGAGUUAAUAAGCACAAGUGGGUACCACUGCCCUUAAGUGACUUGAGAGAUGAUAGUCAGGAAAGACCUGGAUCCAAGAAUACUAAUACUUGUCAACCUGAAGCAAGUCAGUCAGAUCUUAAUAGGAGAAGUAACACAGUAGGUUGGAGACAAGAUAGAGAAGAGAAAGGCAAUCAAGAUGAAGUGUCUAUGGAAAGAAGUGAGGCUAUAAAUAUCAGAAGUUCCUCUACAGGUUCAGGAAGAGGUCGUGGAUGGGGAAGAGGACAAGGCAGAGGAAAUCCUCAAGUGAAAUUGGAUUAUUCACAUGGUUAUGGAGAACAUGGUGAAAGAGCUGAUCAGCAAUUCCAAGCUGGACUCAGCACCACCAUGAUGUAUUACUACCACGAUGUUGCAGGUGUACAGGUGUAUCCUGUGAAAGAAUCCUUGCUAAAAGAGUAUAUUAAGCGUCAAAUAGAGUAUUAUUUCAGUAUUGAAAAUUUGGAACGAGACUUCUUUCUUCGAAGCAAGAUGGAUGAACAAGGCUUCUUACCUAUUUCCUUGGUUGCUGGUUUUCACCGUGUUCGGGCUCUCACCACAAACCUUAACCUAAUCUCUGAAGCACUGAAGGAUAGCACAGAAGUAGAAAUUGUGGAUGGGAAAAUGAGAAAAAAGAUAGAACCAGAAAAAUGGCCAAUCCCAUGCCCUCCUUCACGAAAUGUGCCAAAAACAGAUUUCUCUCAACUGAUUGAUUGUCCAGAGUUCAUACCAGGCCAAGCCUAUGGCUCACAUGCCGGCCCUCACAGUUAA